UCUGAACCUCAGAUCCUGAAGGCAAUUCCCAGUGGUGCGUAACAGGCUGGUGUUAGGACCCAGGAAGGACACAGCAGCCGCGGGACAUAAAUAGAGAAGCAGAACAGAACAAAGUUUGAGGAGAGAGCCUUACAUCCCUCACUCUCUCCACCCCAAGCGCUGGGGGACAGACAGACGGACGAGGUGUAAGCCUGAGUCACACCAGAAGGAGUCGGGCAGCAACGCACCAGCCCAGGAGCCCGAGGGAGCUCCAGACACAGUUCCUCCCACUUCCAGGAAAAAGAGAAACUUCCAGCUCCGAACCUGGGUGGAUACCACUGAAGACUCUUGACAGAAACAGAAAACCGCGAGGGACCCACGAUCACCCCCGAGCUUCGGCACUGCAGCCGCAGUCCUGGAUUGCUUCUCGGGAGCUGGGAUCGGAAGCUGCCUGUCUCCUCCCUGCGUCCCCGAGCCGGUCUCAUCGUUCCCGUGUGUUUAUUGAUCACCGAAGACCCUUGUGUCCGGAGACGAAGACGAAACACCCAUUAACUCUCACGACCCCUCGGCCUCUACUCUCUGCAGUUCACAAACGCUAGGGAAACAGAAGGUUUUCUUCUUUCCGGAACCUGGGAAAAUGUCCCUUUCCCAAGGGAGCGAAAGUUAGAGGCGCCACUUUGUCCCAGACCCUCAGGAGCUCUGCUUGGAUCGCGUUUUCGCCUCCGCAAAAACCAUGAGGAAGCUGCUGCCUCUUUGCUGCUGGCACUCCUGCCUGCUGUUAUCUUACUGUGGUUUUCAGGUGCACGGAGCCGACACCAGGUCACAAGCCCAUCCAGGGUUUGACGUCUUGGCUUCUGCUUCCCAUUACUGGCCGUUGGAAAGUGUGGAUGGGAUCCACGAACUUCAGGAGACAACUGGAGCAUUACGAACCCACAACCUCACUGUGCUUCCUCCCCAUAAUUCUACCUUUGUAUAUACCAAUGACUCUGCCUACUCAAAUUUCUCUGCAACCGUAGAUAUUGUAGAAGGAAAGGUCAACAAAGGCAUUUACCUCAAGGAGGAAAAAGGAGUCACAUUUCUCUAUUACGGAAGGUACAAAACUUCUUGCAUCAGUAAUCCAGCACAGUGCGGCCCUGAGGGGGUCACGUUCUCUUUUUUCUGGAAGACGCAAGCAGAACAUUCCAGAACAACCCCUUUCGCGUUCGGGGGACAGGUCAUUUCCAACGGGUUCAAAGUCUGCUCCAGCGGUGGCAAGGGCUUCGUGGAGCUGUACACGCGUGAGAACUCCAUGACGUGGGAGGCCACCUUCAGCCCCCCAGGCCCCUACUGGACUCAUGUCCUAUUUACAUGGAAGUCCAAGGAGGGCCUCAAAGUCUACGUCAACGGGACGCUGACCACCUCAGACCCAAGUGGAAAAGUGUCUCAUGCCUACGGGGAGCCCAAUGUCAACCUCGUGAUAGGGUCGGACGAGCGCCAGCCCAAGCGCUACGAGAACGGCGCUUUUGACGAGUUCAUCAUCUGGGAACGGGCCCUGACGCCGGACGAGAUCGCCAUGUACUUCACAGCUGCCAUUGGAAAGCAUGUUUUGUUGUCCUCAACGCCACCCAGCUUCCUCACGACAGCCACAGCAAACACCAUGGUGCCCAUUGAUGUCUACCAUCCCAUCAUAACCAACUUGACAGAGGAGAGAAGAAACUUCCAGAGUCCUGGAAUUGUUCUGAAUUACCUUCAAAAUAUGUCCCUCAGCUUACCCAAUAAAUCCCUCUCAGAGGAAACAGCAUUAAAUCUCACCAAGACUUUCUUAAAGACCGUGGGAGAGGUUCUCUUUUUGCCCAGUUGGACUGCUGUGUCAGAGGACGGUGCCGUGGUGCUGGGCUUGAUCGACACCGUGGACACCGUCAUGGGCCACAUAUCCUUCAACCUGCAGGCCAGCGAGCCCCAGGUUGCCAUCACGGGUUCCUCAUCCGUGGCAGACUUUUCCAUGGCCAAACUGCUCCCCAAGACCAUGAAUUCCUCCCACUACCGCUUCCCGGCUCAGGGGCAGAACUACAUCGAGAUCCCCCAUGAGGCUUUCCACAGCCAAGCCUGGACCACCGUCGUGGGCCUUCUCUACCGCUCGGUGCACUAUUACCUGAGCAGCAUCCAGCCGGCCAGCACCAAGAUUGCUGAGGCAGCAAAUUACAAGCACUGCUUGCUGUCUGUGAGCAGCUGUCUGAUAUCCCUGGAGGUCUUCCCGACGCUGAAGCUCUCCCAGAAUUCCCCUCUCGUCACCGUCCAUCUGUGGCACCAUUUGACUCAAAGGCAGUACAUCGAGGCUACCAAUGAGAGCAACCGAAUCUUCCUGUAUUGCGCCUUCCUGGACUUCAGCUCCGGAGAAGGCAUCUGGUCGAACCAGGGCUGCGCUCUCGCCGAAGGGAACCUCAGCUACUCUGUCUGCCGCUGCACACACCUCACCAACUUCGCCAUCCUGAUGCAGGUGGUCCCGCUGGAGCACACGCGCGGACACCAGGUGGCGCUCUCGUCCGUCAGCUACAUCGGCUGCUCGCUGUCCGUGCUCUGCCUGACCAUCACGCUCGCCACCUUCGCCGUGCUAUCCUCGGUCAGCACCAUCCGGAACCAGCGCUACCACAUCCACGCCAACCUGUCCUGUGCCAUCCUGGUGGCCCAGGUCGUGUUGCUCAUCAGCUUCCACUUCGAGCCGGGCACGGCCCCGUGCCAGGUGCUGGCCGUGCUCCUGCACUACCUCUUCCUGAGCGUCUUUGCGUGGAUGCUGGUGGAAGGGCUGCAUCUCUACAGCAUGGUGAUCAAGGUCUUUGGAUCAGAGGACAGCAAACACCGCUACUACUAUGGGAUAGGAUGGGGUUUUCCUCUUCUGAUCUGUAUCAUUUCAAUAGUCUUUGCCAUGGACAGUUACGGAACAAGUAAGAAUUGCUGGCUGUCGCUCGGGAAUGGUGCCAUCUGGGCCUUCGUAGCUCCUGCUCUGUUCAUCAUCGUGGUCAACAUGGGCAUCCUCAUCGCGGUGACCAGGGUCAUUUCACAGAUCAGCGCCGACAACUACAAGAUACGUGGAGAUCCCAGCGCCUUCAAGUUGACAGCGAAAGCUGUGGCCGUGCUGCUGCCCAUCCUGGGAACCUCGUGGGUCUUCGGCGUGCUCGCUGUCAACAACCAGGCUGUGGUCUUUCAGUACAUGUUUGCCGUACUCAACUCCUUACAGGGAUUUUUCAUCUUCCUUUUUCAUUGUCUCCUGAAUUCAGAGGUGAGAGCUGCUUUCAAGCAUAAAACCAAGGUCUGGUCCCUCACGAGCAGCUCCACCCGCCAGGCCAACGUGAAGCCCUUCAACUCGGACAUCAUGAACGGGACCCGGCCUGGUACAGGCUCCACCAAGCUCACCCCUUGGGACAAGAGCAGCCACACCGGGCACCGCGUGGACCUGUCCGCCGUGUGAGCAGAGAGGCCGUGGACCCGGCAGCCUGCCGCUCAGAACCCCCGGACCCGCUGCAGACAACACGCAAGCAUCGCUCCGCCUUCGCAACUGGGACCCUUUCCUCGUCGCUCUCUGGACCUGGGGGUCACGGCCCUCCCCCCCGCCCCCCGUGACAGCAUCCUCUCCUGCGACCUGCUCCUGUGACAGAGCCCACCGCUGAGCCCGCAGCCUGAUACACGGCGAGGCACGGGCCCCCCGGAGCACACAGCGGUCCCUCCCCUUUGUCACUGCAAGUGUGCAGAGCCCCAGACCUUCCACACUGUGCGCACAGGAGGCCCAUGGCACCAGGAGGGAAGUUUAGCCUUGGCGGGCGCCACGAUGGGGACUUGGGACCAGAGAGGUGGGGUCCCGCAGGGGAGGUUGGGCGGAGGCCCGUGGGGGCGCGUGGGGAAGUGCCCGAGGAUGUUUUCCACCUGCUGACUCCACCCAAAGCAGGGCCCCGAUGCCAGGCACCUGCUGACGCCCAGGUGCCCCGCCCCUGUCUGUGCGCCGGGGCCUCGCAUAGGCGGAGAGCCUGGGUUGGGGCGGUUCUGCUCUGACAGCUUCUCCCCCCUUCUUCGUGAGUUGCUGGCUCUUCCGACUCCAAGUCAGCCUUCAGAUCGCCCCCUUUCCUGGCACCUGAGCCUCCUGUGUGUUCACCACGUGGCCCAUCAGAGCCACCGUUUCCCAAGGCAUAACGUCCCGCAGAGAGUUUCUUCCUCAUCACUUAUAAAUGCUUUUCCGUGUUUCUAGCGAGCGGAUCACAGCGGAGGGGAGCGCAGUACGUGAUUUCACGUCGCCACAGGGGCAGACCUUGACGCACAGAGCCACUUGGCGGGCUGCUCCGGGGGAGGACCCUGGCCCUGACCGACCCGGGGUGGGAAGGGUGGCAAUAGCUGUAGCUUCUGAGUUGAUGUUAAUUUAUGGACCCGGACUCAGCCCCCUAGGAAAUGGGAUGAUCCUUGGGGCUCCGUGUGUGGGCGGGACCCCGUGGAACGCUAGGGUUCGAUCAUAGACGUGAACCGAAACGCCAUCGAGAAAAGCUGGGAAACAGGCUGUGAAAGGUCACCCUGUGAUGACAGCACCAAGAGUGCUUGUGAGAUGUGUGGGUACGGAAUUCCAACCUGUUUUCGAUACUGGAAAAUCUUCCCUGAAAACUGUGACGGCGACAGCAUUAAAGGCCUCCCCACAGCGUCGCCCCGCCUCUCCCAACACGUCUGCUUUGUUUCCGAGUGAGAUUUUACAUCGUCUUGCGGACCUUUUCCAUCUUCCUCCGGCACCUUCGUGAAGUAACUCACGCCUUGAUGAUCACGAGUGUGACAGCCAUCUUCAGGCAUCUCCCCCGGUGGGGGGU